AUGGUCCUGGUACAGGCAUGUUCCCAAGCUGGUGCUGCUGGACCGGCUCCACUGUUAAAGACUCUAACAGACCUAAAGGAUUCCUGCUGGAGGUUUUUGAGGCCACACACAAUUCGAGGAACUGCUCUGGGAUCCACGGCGUUGGUUGCUAGAGCAUUGAUAGAGAAUCCCCAGUUGAUCGAUUGGAGCUUGGUAUUUAAAGCAUUCUAUGGGCUUGUAGGAUUGAUCUGCGGCAACGGUUACAUUGUUGGGAUUAAUCAGAUAUAUGACAUCGGAAUCGACAAGGUAAACAAGCCAUAUUUACCUAUUGCUGCUGGUGAUCUCUCAGUUCAGUCAGCAUGGUUAUUGGUCGUAGCAUUCGCAGUGGUGGGCUUCACAAUUGUUGUUUCAAACUUUGGACCUUUCAUUACCUCUCUUUACUGCCUUGGUCUAUUUCUUGGCACCAUUUAUUCUGUUCCUCCAUUCAGACUGAAGAAAUAUCCAGUUGCUGCUUUUCUUAUCAUUGCCACGGUUCGUGGAUUUCUUCUCAACUUUGGAGUUUACUAUGCUACCAGAGCUGCUUUAGGUCUUACAUUUCAAUGGAGCUCGCCUGUUGCUUUUAUUACAUGCUUUGUGACAAUAUUUGCUUUGGUCAUUGCUAUAACCAAAGAUCUUCCGGAUGUUGAAGGAGAUCGCAAAUUCCAAAUAUCAACUUUGGCGACAAAGCUUGGUGUCAGAAAGAUUGCCUUCCUUGGCUCUGGUUUAUUGUUGGCAAAUUAUGUUGCUGCUAUUGUUGUACCUUUUCUCAUUCCUCAGGCGUUCAGGGGCACUGUAAUGGUGCCUUUCCAUGCUGCUCUUGCAGUUGCUUUGAUUUUACAGACAUGGAUUCUAGAGCAAGCGAAAUACAGUAAGGAUGCUAUCUCACAGUACUACCGGUUCAUUUGGAAUCUCUUCUAUGCUGAAUAUAUCUUCUUCCCGUUAAUAUAGAGACAUGGCGUCUGACCUGGGCUACAUGAUCGGAGCACAACGAAUUUGAGAGAAGAUUAAUCAUGUGCGUAUAAAGCGCGAGCAUUUUUGUAAAUAUCUUGACUGGUAGGGAGAUAGAGCAGUGGUGCUACGAGGAUGUCGAAGAUGUCAUGGGAGUUUCAGGUGGGGCGUGGCAUUGAUCAGUUACCGUUGCCCAAUAGAACAAGCCAAGCUUCCGUGUUUCCGCCAAGGGAAGAUGAAAGUCUGGACUCGGUGAUUUCGGUGCAAGGGAUGCGUGGGCCUGAGCCAGGUUCAAAACGGAGCGACUUUUUCUCUGACUUGUUUCAGCAAACCUUGUACACAAUCUGGUCAAGUUCAAAGAAAUUGAAUCCCGGAAUUUGGCUGAGCUA